AUGUGGCGACAUCAGCUCCUCCCUGCCUUGUUCCUUGCGCUGCUGUCAUGCGUCGAGGGAGCCCUCUUCAACUGUUCAGGGGGUCAUUUUCGGUAUGGUAGCAUAUCGCACAGACUAGUUUCGGGGUACACAGUGCAGUUCACUAUCAAGACAGAAUGGAAGAGAUCUUUCUCAACAGGGAGCAUCUUCGCAGGAAGAGGAGAAGAUGGCAGGGCAGUCACAGGGGACCAAGUGAGCAUUCCUGGAGUUUGGAGGAGCUCGUUAGGGAACGCAAAGACGAUCAUGUUUGAGACGGGGGACGGCACAUCCUCCAGUCUGAUAUUGACUGUCACAUCGUACUCAUUUGAAGAAGACUAUCUCUACGGGUACACUAUAUUUCAGCACACUUACGACCGACCAAACGAUGGAGGCAACGACUGGCUGCCAACCAUAUCAGGAUGCUGCAGAUGCGUGGGAGAGGAGGUUCAGUUCAAGGUCACAGCACGAGUGAACCUGGCGUACGAUACCUCGUCUCUUAUCAUGUCUUCCCUUCCCGUUAUCGAGCUCGCGCACAGCAUCUUCAUGCAAAACGUCUUGGUGGCUUCGAACACUUAUGAAGGUGACUUGGCUCAGUCGUGGCAGUUUGGAUCAGGUAUGUCAAACCUCACGUACUUGGUCGUCAACACAAGCGCCCUAGGGGUCGGGUAUCACGCUGUCGUGGCCCAGAUAGCGCUAGAACGAGCCGUAACACCCUACGACUUCAUGCUCAAGGUUGUCUCUCCGGAGUACGAAGCUGAUCGCCCCUACUUCAUCCUCGGCAAACCAGUCAUGACGAUCUUCAACGACAACGGUGUUAGGGAGGCUGCUCUGCCGCUGCUGGAGGGAUACCUGGGCUACGAGAUUCUUUUCACUCUGACGGCCUUCACUUCCCGGAGCGCAGCAGAGAUCAAGUCCAUCCUCUCCUUCUCCCUUCCUGCAGGUGCCGAGCUGCGGAACGUCGUUCGAGAAGGGUCGCCGGGCAACUCAACCAUGAACGUCGACUUCGCAUGGACGCCCGUCGGCACUCAGGCAAACCAUCACUUCGUGUGCUUCGAGGCCGUCGACUCCCUCCCCCUCCAACUCUCCUCGGGGCAGCACUGCGUCCAGCUCCUCGUGCUCUCUGUGAACCCUGCCCCGAGCUUCGACAGCCCCCCCGCAAACUCCGUCUUCCGGUUCUUCAUGGCGAAGAUGAACAUGUUCGAUAUCAACGGGAUCAACGACAACCCCUAUGACAACCUCCUCAUCUUCCCAGCUCGACCUCUGCAGUUUGGCCAGAAAGGGCAGGAAAUGUCAAACACGAUCGCGUCGGAGAAGCGAGUCAAGGCGACUGAUCCUGCUGCCAAGCAGCAACCUUCUUCUGGACCCCCAACAUCUCAUUUGGAGCGUACGAGGAGGUGUGUGAGGGUGAUUGUAGAAAGAUGUAAAUAUCUGGUGCAAGCCAAUGACGACAUGAAGACCAUCGGCGUUACGUUCCGGCGGGACUGGUUGACGAUCUGGUCGAUGAAUCAAGGUUUGAUGUCCUUCACUCCGGCUGAAGGAUCCCUAGUGCAGAUUGGACGGCUGUACUACGUGCAAGCAGGAGACACCAUGCAGAGCAUCUCGAUGGAGUUUGGAAUGACGAUGGAUGACCUGAGAAGUCUUAACUACGACUUGUCAAAUUUCCUCCCUGCCGACAAGAUCCCGACGGGACUGCAGAUCUGCAUCUUCCCGGACACGUGUAACGAAUGA